AUGACGUCUGCACCACCACCCGCAUCUUUAGCAACGAACGUUGAUGCAUUGACUACACUGACGUCUUCAUCUACUACAUCUGUAGCUCCUGUGGCCAAAAAACGACGUGUGGAAAGACGUGAACGAUUGCGUAAGAGCGCUUUAUGUAAACACUUUGACAAGCCUGGUGGCUGUCCAUUUUCCAACUGUAAAUUCGCUCACGGACGAGUUGAAGUAAAUGACAAUGACCCACACUCGGUCGCGGCCCAGCGAAGACUCAUUCGAAAACAAGCAAUUUAUCGCGCAGAAGAGCAAUUUCAGACGGGAGAUGAAGGCGCUGGUACCUCGAAACGUAGAGGCACAAUGAUUGAGCGCUACUAUACUGAAAUGUUCUCGUGUGAUACCAUGGGCAAAGUUAUGGAAGACCAGUACGUGCAUAUGCACUCCAACCGACUAUGUGUAGUAGGUGUGGCUGAAUCCCACCCAGUUAUGCAGGAAGAACUCGUGAGUGUCGAGUUUGAACGGAAUGUGCUGGAAAACCGUGUGACGGGCAAGAAGAAGAAAGGUGGCUGCUUCAUGUUGCCAAAUAUGGUGAUCUGUGUCCUCAAAUGUAAAAGUGGUCGCGAAUUCAAGCUCUAUAGCUGCAUUCGAGGCUCUUUGAUUGAGAUCAAUGAGCGUCUUCAGAAAGAGCCAAAAUUGCUGAAGCAAAAGCACCAAUCGGAUGGAUACCUUGUCAUCAUUCAACCCAAGAAGGUAGAAGUCGCAGAGAUUCAGGAGUCAUUGCUUUCUAAGGACGAAUUCAAGCAAUUCCGCGCCAUCUUACAGACAAGUUUGAUUGAGAAACCUACAGAACUAGCUUCUGCAACUACUGCAAAGCUCAUCAAGGAAGAAUCAAAGUCUGAGGUUGUACAAGCGGAAGAGUAA